AUGAGCAAUGCAAGUAAUAGUUUAUCACGGGAUCUUAAACGCGCUAUAGCAAUGUGUAAAUGGGCUGCACCUAGUCCAUUACCUGCUUCACGUGGUAUGCAUUCAAUUCGAGGUCGAACAACAGUUGAAUUAAUUAAAAAAGAAGGUUGUCCACUUGGUUUAACAAUAUCAGGUGGUAUUGAUAAAGAUAGUAAACCAAGAGUAGCUCAACUUAAGCCAGGCUCAUUAGCACAAAAAGCAGAUGUAUUAGAAAUUGGUGAUGUUCUACUUGGCAUUAAUGGUAUUAAAACAGCUGGCCUUAAACACGAACAAGUUAUAGAUUUAAUCAAACAAGUUGGAGAUCAAUUAACCUUAGAUAUUGAAUAUGAUUUACCUAAAUGGCCCAUACAUGCAAUUAAUACAGUACAUACAAAAACGAUUCAAAUUCAAUUGGAAAAAGAAGGACAAAGUUAUGGUUUUAUUUUACGUGGUGGAGGUUCCGAUGACAAGGUUAAAGCAAGACCACUUAUUAUUACAAAGAUACGUCCGCAAGGACCAGCCGAUAAAGAAGGAACAAUUAAAAUUGGUGAUCGAGUUCUAGCUAUAAAUGGUAUUAAUGUUGGUGGAGCUACAUUACAAGAUGCAUAUAACCUAAUGAGACAAUGUCGAGGUACAACAUUAUUUCUUAUUGAAUAUGAUGUAGCUAUUGUUGACAGUGUUAAACAUGCAACUGGUCCAUUAUUAAUUGAAAUUGAAAAAUCGCCUGGUUCAACAAUUGGUAUAAGUUUAACACAAAAAUGGAUACGAAAUAAUCGUUCAAUUAUUGUUAUUGAUAAUGUUAAACCAGCAAGUAUUGCUGAUCGUUGUGGAGCACUUCAUUGUGGUGAUCAAAUAAAUGCAAUUGAUCAAAAAUCAUUUGAUGGAAUAUCAUUAUUUGAUGCUAAUACAAUUCUACGUUCAUGUACAGGCGAUUUUUGUCGUAUCGAAGUUACACCAUCAAAUAUAAUUCUUGAACAAUCAAAUGAAAUACGAAUUCAACCAUCAGCAAAUCGAACUUUAUUAAAUGAAACAACACGUCAAGCAUUUUAUCGUACGCAAUCAAUUAAUCCAAUAUCAAUUAAUAAUACAAAUUGGAUAGCGAGAAAUAAUUGUCAAAAUAUAACAAAAAAACCAAUUAAUAAAACACGACAUAAUUCAAUCAGUUCAUUGAAUUCUUGUUAUCAAACUAUAAUGGGUAAUCAAAUGUGUCAUACAGAAACAAUGGAAUGCGUACUUCAACUUGAUUCAUCAUCAUCAUCAAAUGGAACUAUUACCGAUGGUAGUGACACAAUCGGCAAUUUUGGUUUUACACUACAGGGCGCUUCUUUUGCAUCGGAUAUAUUAAUGCAACCACCUGUCAUUGGAUAUUUAGAACCGGGCGGCGUAGCUGAAAGAUCGGGUGUACUACAACCAGGCGAUCGUAUUCUUAGUAUAAAUGGUCAACAAUUAGAAGGUAUGACAUUAGAAGAUGCUCGAUCAAUAAUAAAAGAUUCAAAUAAUCGUAUUCAUCUUGAAAUUGAAUUUGAUGUUGCUGAUUCUGUUAUGCUCUCCUCAGGUACAUGUCAAGUAAAAAUUUUACGAAAAAAUCUUGAUCUUGGCCUUUCUGUAACUUAUUCACGUUCAGCACGAGCUGAUGAAGUUCCAAUAAUAAAUGAUGUUAAACGUGGUAGUAUUGCUUAUCGUUGUGGAAUGAUUCAAUCAGGUGAUCGUUUAUUAUCAAUUGAUUCUCAUUCAUUACGUGGAAAAAGUUUAAAUGAAAUUGUUACAUUAUUAAAAAAUUGUGAUGAUAUUGUACGAUUAAAAAUAAAAAAAGAUGAUAUUUAUGCUGAAGAUAAUCUUUCAGAAAAUGUUGUUGUUUAUAAAGUACAAUUACUUCGACAAGGCGGUCCACUUGGUUUAACUAUUUCCGGUAGUGAAGAUAUAUUUGAACCAAUUGUUGUUUCAGAUUUAUGUGAAGGUGGUCUAGCAGAUAAAACAAAUGCUAUUCAUAUUGGUGAUCGAAUAUUAGCGAUCAACGAUGUUAGUCUACGUGGUAAAGGUCUUAAUGAAGCAAUUAAAUUAUUACAAGCAAGUAAUGAUGAAAUAACAUUAAAAAUUUCUCGAACAAUCAAUCCACAACAAAAAUUAGCUCGUUCAUGUCAUCAUCAUCAAGAAGAAUAUACUCCAUCUGUUGAUUCUGCUAUGGAAUCAUGGGAUAGUUCAAAUACUGAACAUCGUUUUAGUGAUAAUUGUGAAAUAGCAAAAGAAAUUCUUGUUAAUGAUCAUCAACAACAUUCAAAUUAUCAAGAUUCAUCAACACAACAUUUAUCACGAAGUGAUUUUGUUGUCAAACCUCAUCAAACACAUUCAAUACCAAUAACGAUACAUUCAAAUCGUUCAAUGGUUAUUGCAACAUCUUCAUCAGGAUAUCGAACACCACCAACAAAUGGUCGUCCACUUGAAACAAUACGUCAUUCAGAUAUUGGAGAUAAUAUAAAUGGAGAUGAACAUAAAUUUUCAUCAAUAUUACAUGAAAAAUCUCUAAGAAAUAAUUCAAAUCAUUAUGAUACUAAAUAUGAUAAUUGUACAACAUCAACAAAUCGACCAAAAUAUGAUACAGUUACUUUAAUACUUAAACGUGAUAAACGUAUACUUGAUUUUGGUUUUUCAAUAUCUGAUCGACUUUAUGGUACAGGAGUUUAUGUUAAUAAAAUACGGCCAAAUGGACCAGCUGAAUUAGAAGGAGCAUUAAUGCCAUGUAUGAGAAUUUAUAAAGUAAAUAAUACAGAUGUAACACGUAUGGAAUGCAAUCAAGUAGUACCGUUAUUAUCUUCAUCACCAGAUGAAUUAACUCUUGUUGUUGGACGACGACCAGCACCUAUGUUUGAUGAAACAGAUGAAUUAUUUGAUAUUGAUGAAGAUGAACACCAAUCACCUGUUGUUAAUGAUGAUUCAAUGUGGAAUUCAUCAAUAAAUACAACUGUACACGAGAACAAUAAUACUAAUAAUGAUAAUAAUACGAGUUCGACUAUGACUGCGAAUAAUACAUUUUCACUUCUUUCUCAGUCGAAAACAACUACUGUAUGA